AUGGAGUGUGAGGGAAGAAGCCUUGAGCCAGAGCCAAAAAUACCAAGAGCAUCAGUUGAGAAGAUAAUCUCAGAAACACUAAAACCGCCCAUGAUGUGCAGCAAGGAGGUAAAGCAGCUGCUUCUGAAUUGCUGUGCAGAGUUUGUGCACAUAAUUGCCACGGAGGCAAAUGAUGUCUGUGAGAAAGAGCAGAAAAAGACGCUUACACACGAGCACGUGUACCGGGCACUGAAACACCUAGGCUUUGAGGAGUACAUUGAUGAGUGCAAUGAGUCUUACAAGGACCACAUUGAGCAAGCAAAGCUGAGACCAUCAAGGCAGAAUAAGCUAAAGGAGUCAGGCCUGACCCAGGAUGAAUUAGAAAGGGAGCAAGAAGAGUUGUUUAGAAAGGCAAAGAUGUUCGCACAGAACGAGGACAGAUAG